AUGUCUGGUUUUCUCGUUUACCUACAAUCACAGUUUUGUUUAGACGAAGGCUACGGUCACGGUGAUGGCCACAUCUAUGUGAUGGAACCCGGAGAGGUGCCCCCGAUGCCAGCGGCGGUCAAGUGCCAGCUGCGACGGCACAAGAGCAACCGGAAGCCCCGGACUCCGUUCACGACGCAGCAGUUGCUUGCCCUGGAGCGGAAGUUCCGCAUCAAGCAGUACCUGUCCAUCGCCGAGAGAGCCGAGUUUUCUUCGUCGCUCAACCUCACAGAGACUCAGGUCAAGAUCUGGUUCCAGAACCGACGCGCCAAGGAGAAGCGGCUCAAGGAGGCCGAACUGGAGAAACUGCGCAUGGCCAUGCGGCCGCUGCUGCCCGGCGCGUUCGGACUGAACCUGAGCAACCCGUUCGGAGCGCCUUCGGUGCCCGGCAGUGUGGCGGCGUACAUGGGGCCGCGGCUAGUGCAGGCUUCCUCCGCGGGGCACUCCUCCUACGGCGGCAUGGAGACACCGUCCGCGUUGCAGCCGCAACGUCCUCCCUUAUAGCCCCGGCAGAAUUCGGGACUCGCAUCCUGCCGGUCAGGGUGGAAACUGCUGCUAACGAAGUCGCCAAUGAACUGCGAUAGCUGUAAAUAUGUAAAAAAAAGAACACACGGAGAUAUUUUGGUACGUUCAAGUAUCCAACGAAUAAAACAUG